GACUAUAAAAUUAGACAUGAGAAGACCGGGUUCCGUAUGAUCUCCCAUAAUUCGAUUUACUGAACGAAAUGCAGGAAAUGUGACUGAAUAACUACAACUGGUGCGAUGAUCAUUUCCUGGCUUGAGCAUAAUCCUCUACCGUGGAAUGAAUUUAUAGAUCAAAGACGAGCGGAAACAAAUUCGGAACAAGCUCGCGCUUUAUUAAUAAUAGAGCGCCUAAUCGGACACAGAGGGCGUUUGAGUGCAUAGCACUGAUGAUAGCAAGUAGGCCAUUGGAAUCUGCUGCAAGGUACACCCAGCUCAGGGCCCACGACACCAGACCGAACCCCCCCUUAAGGUUGACAUCCUGAUAGAAUGCUGCACUGUCGAAAAUCGUGGCAGAUAAUAUUCAUCAACGGAUCGAAUGCACCAAUUUCGCAUCGCUGGAUCUUCCAGAGUGGCAAGUGCCAAUCCAACGGUUCCCACAGGGAUCUAAGUGGAGCGUAUGGGGGAUGUACUGUCUGGAUGCUAAUUUCCGGAUUGACAGUCCGCGAGGACUCCCCGAGCCCAGUUCACAUCAUGGUUUCUGACCUCCUGGUGGAUUCGGAGGAUUGUUCGGAUCGCUCUUCUACUACAUCGCCAGAAGUGAUGGUCCUCAGUCCCAGGUAAAAGUGUUGAUGAAGUGCUUUGCGAUAGCAGAAUGGUCCCAGCGUCUGCGAAGUGGUGAGAGUUUGGCUUCGAGGCUGAAUCUCAAUUCACCAGCGAGAAUGCAAUCAAUCUUUCCGAGACACAGGACUCGGGAUCUGCAAAAGACGGGGUAGGACAAGAGGGCCAGCCCCCUGUCCCCAACCCUGGUGAACAGUGAGGCCAUGUAGAACUGGCGUUGGGCGAAGCCAGUGUAUAGCGCAGAACCCCAGCUGGCAGACAACAACUAGCAGGGGAUUGACGUCUGUAUAUGAUGCCCAGUUUCAUUUUCAAAAUGCGAGGCCGACUCGGAGUGGAAUUGGAGAUAGCGGUCGUCCCCAAUCGCACAGGCGAUUGAUGAUUGAAAGGUCAGACACCAUCCAAGGCUGUGCUCUUCAUCAGACUUCCCGACAUCACUCGGCUUUCGCCUUCCGCGCCCACGACCAGCUUGCAAACACAAUUAUGGCCCGAGAUAUAGCUUCUGCUGAGCUCGUUACGUUGCCUCAGGAAUUGAUUGACCUCAUCCUCGACCUGGUCACGGACCAGACGACCCUGAAGACUUGCGCCAUCGUGUCUCGCUCUUUCAGAGGAACCUCUCAAAAGAAGAUAUUUGCAUCAAUAUCUGUCGUGCCUCUUUCCCGUUCGCACAAACCGAAGCUUACCCUCAAUAAUUUGUCUCAAAUCUUAUACCGCUCGCCCCACCUUGCCGCGCAUGUGCAUUCGUUGACAUUAGUGGAAGGGACCGAUUCGGGAAGCCCCCCUUGGAUGAGUUCGAAAUAUCUUCCCAUCGUUCUUUCCAUGCUUGCCAACCUCACUCACAUCUCUAUCGAGGCAAGCCGAUGCUUUGACUGGGAAAUUUUGCCGGAGUCAUCCAUUAUCGCCAUACAAACCACAUUCCUUCUCCCCUCUCUCACGUCUAUCCGAUUCCAUAAUCUCGAAUUUACGUGGGGGUCUGACCUGAUCGCGUUACUGCAAUGUGCUCAAAGAGCCGCGACACUCGUGUUCUCUCAGGUGUAUGUCGGCGCAGGAGAAGACUUGACGGACAUUGUGGUGCUAGAUUCAAGAUCUUGCGUGACCAGCCUGCGACUAGACCCAUUCUCCCCGCCAUUAAUGCAUUCGCUUGCAAUUGGUGUCAACCUGAGUCAACUCAAGUUCCUUCAUACGACAGUGGAUUCGCCUGAGAUGGAGGCCGAAGUGCAGGGGCUAUUGGCGUCUCUCCCCUCUCUAGAAGCAUACCACAUCCAUCUCACACACCACAUGAGUGACACCAACUUCAUUGAUCUCUCCUCCCUGUCGCGUCUACACACCCUUGAAGUCACACUCACCUUCGAAUUUCUCACCUCGCCGACAGGCUACGAUCCUGUUAGUUGGGUCGGUCGCAUUCUGGCUCGUGUUGCACAGCCCAGUCACGUCCGGACUGUCAUUCUGAACAUUCACGUCGACGAAAACGAUUUGGACUACCUCGCAAGACUAAAUUCGCUCGAGGCGGUCAUACUCAAUCCAACGUCAGGAUUGUUCUCGAUGACGACUCUCACGAUCCGCCUCAUCUCCCUUGAACUAGACUUUGAUAUCUGCGGUGGCGAACGCAGUAUACAGGAAGCUUUGCCACUCAUACAGGCCAGGGAUUCCCUGCAGAUUGAACUAUUAGGGAUCACUCCAGUUUUCCUGCCACAUAUCUCACAGCCCCAGUCGCUAGCAAGUGAGACACGCAGAAAGCACCCUGACAUUCGCGAGGCUGCUGAGAAGUCGCUCGCGAUUCUGCGAGCAUCACCAGAGCAGGCUACAGCUAACCUGGCGUCUGAUGGCCCCCAAUCCGAUGACCUCCUCCGUCCCGUGUUCAUGGGCUGCGCUACCAAGAACGCGAAAGUCGUCGCCAUCUCGUUGGGCUCGUUGCAGCGCCUCAUAGCACUCAAAGCCGUUCCCCAAUCCGCCGUCCAGCUCAUCAUCAGCACCAUGAGCGACGCCAUGAUCCAGGGCGUCGACAUCCAGCUGCGAAUCCUCCAGACACUUCUCUCGCUUGUCACGAACUUCCCGGCGAUCCAUGGAAGCCUGUUAGGAGAGGCCUUGCUUUUGUGUUUCAAGCUCCAGGAGUCUAAGAUUGCCGUCGUAUCCUCGACUGCGGCUGCUACGCUGCGGCAACUCGUCAUGUUCGUGUUCGACAAGAUGGUGGAUGAAGAUCGACGGGAUGAUGAUCCCGACACGGCAGGCUGGGAGGAUGUCACUCUCCCGGAUGGUUCAGUCAAGAUGUUGGGCCCAUCGGGCAAGGACGCGUUCUCUGUGUUCGAAGACUUGUGUCUGCUUGCGAAUUCUGAGAAACCCAAUUUUCUGAAGCUAGAGUUUCUGCACAAAACGUUUGCGUUAGAGCUCAUAGAGAGUGUGUUGACAAACUACCAUGCUUUGUUCCGAAAGCACACAGAACUCGUUCUGCUCCUCCAGCUUCAUCUCUGUCCACUCCUUCUGAAAGCGCUCUCGGAUCGACCUCUCUUCCCGUUGACUCUUCGUUGCACCCGUGUUGUGUUUCUGCUUUUGAAGCAGUUCUCACUCGAGCUAACGACGGAAGCGGAGAUAUUCCUCACAUUGCUUAUUCGGAUCGUCGGGGACGACAGUAGUGUCGAGCAGGGAGAAGUAGGCCCUAGACCGCAAUGGAUGCGUGUGCUUGCCAUGGAGAUCUUACGAGGCUUAUGCAGUGACGCAGAACUGAUGCGCAACGUCUGGGCAAGAUACGACGCUCAAAUCAACGGCUCCACGUCGAAGGUGUUCACGACACUCGUCGCCGCGCUGAAGCGACUCUUGACUGAGAAGCCUGCGCUGCUGGGUGUCUCUACGCAGAUCUUCGGUGUCGGCGUGCAACCCGACGUCGGUGCGAAUUCGGGGUAUGGGCUCGAUGUUGCUGGAAUGGCAGGCAUGGUUGCCACGGCUGCAAGUGCGACGGUAUCGAAUGUGGUGGGGAUGAUGGGAUCUAGUGGUGGAUUGAGUUUGCAGGGCUCCGCGAUGAAAUUGCAAUGCAUCGACCAAUUGGACAAAGCUGACGCGCCCCCAAUUCCCGAGUCAUACGUAUAUCUCCUGGCGGUGCAGUGCAUCGUUUCCUUGUGCGAGGGGCUCGCAUCUUUCGCGGGGCCUCUUUACAGCUCCAUCGUCAUUCAGCGACCUCGAGCUGCCGGAGAGGCCGUCGUUCGGGCUCCUCCAGCCCUCGAUCUCGCAUCACUUCCAACUGACGAUCCGAGCACGGAACAACUCCGCAUCGUCAGCUCCAUCAUCGAGAGCGGCUGGCCGGCCCUGCUUGCCGCCUUAUCUCUCAUCAUCGCGACGAACCUUUCAGAUGAUCUGUUUGUAGAGGUGCUCGCCAGCUACCAGGCCAUGACCAAUGUCUCUGGGAUGCUUGGACUGACUACACCACGGGACGCCUUUUUCACCAGCCUUUCCAAAUUCGCUGUUCCGACUCGAGUUGUGUCAAGCUUGGAUCAUUCGGAGAUGCAGGCCCCCCGAUCUGCUGCGUCGAUCUCUGAAAACCUCGGAUUUGGUUCCGGGCCAGCCCCGCCGCCGGGACUGUCCGAGCGCAAUCUUGCCUGCUUGAAAGUGCUUGUCGGGAGCGCCUUGUUCCUUGCCGGCAGUCUGGGUGAUAGCUGGUUUGGUGUGCUCGAAGCCUUGCAAAAUGCCGACUACGUGCUCACCUCGAGGGGGACUCUGCCGAAGAAUGCCAAUAAAGCUGCCCCUGGUCGCAACUCCGGAAGUUCAAGGCAUGUGUUGCUGUCGGAUCUGGACACGGACUCGCUUCUGGCUGCGAUCCAGCGCUUGUUUGAUGCGUCGAAGAAUCUCGAGGACGAUGCGUUCAAGCAUUUCGUUGGUGCGCUAUGUAGAUUGAGUGCUGAGAUGGUGGGAAUGCAGAGCGAAGAGGAGCCGCCUGUCCUAGAUCUUCCCGAAACCACUGGAGACGAUCUCCCUAGUCCAACACUUCCAAGGCGGAGAGCCAGCGGAAUUCAUCUUCCGCGCACGUUGCGCUCGGGUGACUUUGGUAUCAACAAACUUGGAGGAGUCGCUCUUUCAAAUAUCCACCGAUUGAUCUACCGCUCUCCCGAUGUUGCAUGGGACACGACUACUCGACACCUGCUUGCUACAUUACGUCUGCCUCACGCUCCUCAGCCUAUUCGUGUCCAGGCUGCUCGGGUUCUCGAUGACAUCCUUGUCGUUGUGCCGCGUAAUAUCACCAAUGCCGGUGAUCUACAAGUCCAAGUCCAGCGACGGACACUUGAUGUGCUGAGGCAGCAAGUCGUGCCGGACUACGGCUUGUCGGGCCAAACGUCGAUCACGAGUGUCGAACUGCGGCGUAUGGGGCUCGAAACGCUGCAUCAAAUCCUUGAAGCGUCUGGGCACACCCUUGUUGUUGGAUGGGAAACUAUCUUCGACAUGCUCGCCAGUGUAUGCAAACCCAUCCCACCUCAAGAAUCCACAGCCAGCUCUCCUCCGUCCCCGGAUAUGCGGAACAAGCCCAUUCCUCUUGGUCUCGGCGCCCCGAGUGAAAAGAGCCAGACAGCCCUGGUUAAGAUUGCAUUCCAAUCCCUCACGCUUGUCUGCGACUCUGUCUCUGCUCUAUCGCCAGAGCAUCUCCGGCUCUGUAUCGGUACUCUCGGUCAGUUUGGACGACAAGCAGACACAAACAUUGCCCUCACGGCCGCUGCAAGUCUUCUGUGGAGUGUUUCCGACGCGAUCCAGUCGAAACGCAAGAACCCCGACGCGGAGCAGGAGUAUAAUGCUCUCUGGAUGUUCCUGCUGCUCCAGGUGUUGGGGCUCUGUACGGAUCCUCGGCCCGAAGUCCGUGACGGUGCCAUCCAAACUCUGUUCAGAACGAUGCAGCUGUAUGGUGCCACAUUGAGCCUCGAGACAUGGGACGAGUGUCUUUGGAAAGUCACUUUCCCGCUGUUGGAUUCCUUGACAGGCGAGAUCCGACGUGCCGAGGAUCCUGCCUGGGAUGAAAGCAAGACUCUGGCGCUGCAUUCCAUCGGGUCGAUCUUCCACGACUUUUUGGCGAACAAGCUGGUCGAGCUGGAGUCUUUUGUCAAGGCAUGGGAUGUAUUCGUCGGGCACAUCCAGGACACGGUUCUGUUCGACAACCGGUCGAUAAGUUCUCCUGCGCUGAGAUGUCUCGAGAAAGCGAUCAAAGCGUCAUCGAAGGUCUCUGCUGAGAAGAGCGACUCGGUGACCGAGAUAUGGGAACGGGCGUGGACCAUGGCGGAGACUGUCGGCGGAGCGAUCGUUCGCAGGGGAGGAGACGCCCGCCACUCCUUCACACAGGAAAGUCUGGUGUCGUUUUUGGAUGUCAUCCGGUGCACGCGGGCUACGAGUCGAGCUCUGAAUGGGACAGAAUGGCCAUUAGAGAGAUUGACACAGCUGAUGUCCAUCCUCAAAGGUGUACUCACAUAUCCCAGUUCGCUGGACUAUCGACCGGACAUUGACCAGCUUCCUCCUGUCCAGACCAUCGUCGUCGAGACUAUCUCUGAGAUCGCACUCGAGGCAUCGGGUGUCCCGUCACUUGUCAUGCGUGACCUCUCAGAAUACGCUACUUUGCCGUUCCUGGCAGCAUUCGACGGCCCGCCGGAUCCGAAGUCGCAGACACCGCCCAAGCGUGUCACGUACAUCGCGUUGACCAAACGGAUCAUGCCCCUGUUGGUAGAUUUGUUUCUGAGGUUCAAAGAACGGGAAGAGAUAUACAUAGAUGGUACAAUCGAGGCCGUGCUUUCGGCCUACUCCAUUCCGAUCAAGCUCAAAUACGACUGCCCACCCGCCUCCAAGUUUGGCAAAGAUCUGCCCCUGUGGAAGACGGCGACGUCGAAUUUCUUGAGAAUCGUCAAAGAAUGUGUAGACCCGAUCGAGACGCUGGGGCCUGCCAUUUCAGACGAACAUCUCGAAGCUAUCUGGAGACAGAUGUUGGAUGUGUUCAAAGGUGGCAUCUUGGCUGACUGUUCGAUCGCCGAGUCAUUCUCUCUGGAAAUCCAAGAAGCGGAGGAGAACUUUGACUUGGCGCUCAUUGGUGCAUUGGAAAUCGAUGUUGUCCCACAUCUUGGAUCGAGUCGAGUGCCGGAUGCACUGGUUGGCCAGCUAGCCAAGGUCCUGCAGCACGGCAGUCGGUUGUACGAGUCAGAUCCGCAGUCACCGACAUCGUCCUCGUCCUUUGAGAAGGUCGAAUUCGACGCUGAUGAGGAAGAAGGGACAGCUCAGCCUGGGACACUGGUCCCUAGGGAGCGGUUUUCAUACUGGUGUUUCGAUCUCUUGUUCUUAAUAUGUUCGGAUACAACCAAAGACCAAGAACCCUCCAGGCGAAGACUUGCAGCGCUGAGCUUACCAGCGCUUCUCUCUCGCUGUCGACGGGUCCUGACAAGCUACGUUGCCGACGAGAAACUGCGUGGGAAUUUGCCUUUCCCGAGAGUGAGAGAAGACGAGCUCCUGUAUACCCUGCGUAAAUUGUUGCAAUUGCGGCUGUGGCCGGGCUCACUAUGGGCGGCCGAGUCGGACGACCCUACCAAGUACGCUGCGGAACAGCCCGCAAUCGACGCGAGCGCGCCUCCGAAGACAUUGGUCUCGGAAGCGGUCAAACGGUCGACCUUGGGUCAUUUGUUUCACCUCUAUCCACUGUUGUGUGAAAUUGCUGCUGUGCCGCGGAAAGCCCCAGCGGCGUGGGUGUUGACCGAGGGGAGGGCGAGUGAGCUAGACGCUAGGGAAUUGGCGCGAGAUUGCUUGAAGAUAGUGACUGGCGCGUCAGGAUUCUUAGGCUCGCAUGUCGUGCACCAGCUGCUGGAGAAAGGGUAUCGCGUACGAGCUGCCGCUCGGGGCGCAAAGGCAGACGCUUUGAAGGCCGUGUAUGCCGAUUACGGUGACCGCGUUGAGAUCGUGAAGAUCACCGAUAUCGCCCACGAUCAGUUUCCCGAACAGCUGGCGGGCGUCGACGCCAUCAUGCACCUGGCCUCGCCACUGCCUGGCAAGGCCGAGCCGGCUGAGAUGCUCAGGCUGGCCAAAGAGGGCACCAUGAACGUCAUCGUGCAGGGCGAGAAAGCUGGGGUGAAGCGGAUGGUGGUCACGAGCUCGAUUGCGACCGUUGUCAAUCCCAGCAACAGCUUCACCGACCAAGAUUGGAACCCAGUCACCCGGGAGAUCGCACUAUCAGCGGUCAGCGGAAUGGCGACGUAUGCGGCGUCGAAGAAGUUUUCUGAAUUGGCGCUCUGGGAAUGGGCGGAGAAGCAUCCGCACGUCGAGGUGACUACACUCAACCCACCGUUCUUCUUCGGGCCCUUCACCAAGGGCUUCGCCAUCCCGCCGGGUGACUACGGCGCGCUGUCGACUUCUAAUAUAAUCUACAACCUCCUGUUCAAGGACGGCGCUCUUCCCAACCAUACCCGGUACAUCGAUGUGCGGGAUGUUGCCGCAGGGCAUGUGGGGGCCCUGAGCUCGCCGCCGACGGCGCGAGUCGGCCGCAAGCGCAUCAUUUUCUCCUCGCCGUAUGGAUGGAGCAUCCGCAAGCGGCUGGAAUUCAUCGCAGAGCAGCGGCCAGGACUAAAGGAUCGACUGACGACCAGAGAGCCUGUGCCGCAGCCAUUUGAUAUCCUGCCGAUGGAUUUCGGACGUGUCGAGGAAGUGCUGGGCAUGAAGAAGUCUGAUUUCAAGACUUUCGAAGAGACGACGCUUGAUACGGUCGAUGCUUUGCUUGAGGUUGAGCGGCAAUGGAAGGAUGCAGGUUACGACGUCGAGCAGACCCCUCCAUCCUUCGCUACUUGAUGUCUAUACGAUCACGUGGGCAUCAAAUGAAUGAUUUCUUCUCUUAUCA